AUGAUAAUACAUGAUGGGCACCGAGGUUUGUUUAUUAAGCGUGACAUGGACCCACUGUGUGCGCGCUGGUCGGCGGAGUCGUGUUCGCUCAGUUCAUUUUCACCAAAAAACAUAGAGCAGGAAAGUAAACCAAGAUAAUCGAGAUUGGUUUAGAUUAUGGGGUGUUAUCAGUUUUGAGGCAACGCCCCCUGUGUGCCAGGGCUAUAAAAGCGUGUGUCAGACAAGAAACGUUUUCUUCUGUGUUUGACACUACGCCUGGAAGCGAAAAAGAUGCCAGAGUUUGAGAAGAGCACCGUUCACAUCAGAGACCCUGAGAGGGUGGAGCAGAUUAUCUGCAGUCUCAUUAAAGGUGGAGCAUCCAAACUGCAGAUCAUCACAGAUUUUGAUAUGACGUUAAGCAAGUUUGCUGUCAAUGGAAAACGCUGCCCAACAUGUCAUAAUGUCAUUGACAACUGCAAGCUGGUGACAGAAGAAUGUAGGAAGAAGCUGCUCCAACUAAAGGAUACGUAUUAUCCAAUAGAGAUAGACCCUCAUCUGACCAUAGAGGAGAAAUAUCCAUUUAUGGUGGAGUGGUAUUUUAAGUCGCACACAUUAUUGGUAGAACAGAGAUUGCAGAAGGACAAACUUCCAGAGAUCGUGAGAGAGUCAGAUGCCUGUCUGAGGGAAGGGUACGAGCAGUUCUUUGACCGGCUGCACCAGUACAGCGUUCCUAUGUUCAUUUUUUCUGCCGGUCUGGGAGAUGUGCUGGAGGAAAUUAUCAGACAAGCUGGCGUCUACCACACCAAUGUCAAAGUUGUGUCCAACUUCAUGGACUUUGAUGCCAAUGGCGUUCUGAAAGGCUUUAAAGGAGAGCUGAUCCAUGUUUACAACAAGCAUGACAGUGCCCUGAGGAACACAGAGUAUUUCAAAGAACUGAAGCACAAUGGAAACGUUAUUCUGCUGGGAGACUCUCUCGGUGAUCUCAACAUGGCAGAUGGUGUGCCCAACGUAGAGAACAUCCUCAAAAUCGGCUUUCUUAAUGACAAGGUGGAAGAGCGGUUAGAAAAUUACAUGGACUCUUACGAUAUAGUUCUGGUGAAGGAUGAAACACUUGAAGUGCCUAAUUCCAUCCUACAGAAGAUCUUAUAAUAGACACCGCAGAGCCUGAUGGGAAAAGACUCAAAUUCCAGGAUAUUCACUUGGAUAACUGAGGCCAGCCUUCGUCUGUCGACAUGUCUCACAUGCUCACACAAGCCAUACUUCACCCUUUGACCUUUUUAAAGUUGUGUCCUCGCAACAUAUCGAACUAUUAAAAAUAAACACAUACAUCUGGAAUCUCAGUGUAAACUAAUAUUGAAGGAAAAAUAUGUUAUUUGCAUAUUGGUAAAAUUAUUAUUUGUAGUAUUUUUGAUAUGGAAAUUCAGUGUUUGCAAUAAAAGUUGGGACAGUGAACAAUACAAAGCCCAACUGACUUUCAACAAUCAUAUUCAUCAUCAUUCAUAAAAUGAUGUGCACUUAUAAAGUUUGAAGAGCUGUAAAAGUUCUCAUGGAUGAUUGCUUGCACAGAUCAAAAUGAAAGCAAUACUGUUAAUUGCUCCAAAAGCCAUGACGUUUCAUGUAUUAUGAGCUUUGUCCUGUGAGGAUGUGUAAGCAUAAUUGAUCAACCUUUCGGUGUUAACAUUUGCACAACUUUCUGAUCACCUGUGAGGUAGGCAAUACAGGUUUUUUUCUUUAGAUUGUUUGAUUCUAUGAAAUUAUGUGUGGAUAAAAAAAGAGCUGGCAAUAUCUGUUACUAUUCUACUUUUCUUAAAGAAAAAGGCUAAA